AUGUAACCUAUUUAAGGGUGGCCAGCAAUCCAAUGCUUUGCGGGACCCGCACCUUGAAGUCGUGUUUCCUGUGUUAUCCAAGCGAUGCCAUACUCUGUGUGAAUGGGAUGACGCACCAUGUCGACUCUGAGUGCUGAUCUACUCCAACACAUACUUCGUGUCUUCGUCAUUGAACAUGCGUCCUCUUCUGGCCCCAGAUGGACAACUCAAGCGAUCCACAUUGAAUAUGACAGGCGACUCGACAUCCCUUCUGUGAUUGAAGAGAUAGAAGCUCUCCAAGCGAAACUCGAUGCAACAGCGGAUGGAGAUGAGAAACGAGCGCUGGAGGAGGACGUCACAGGCAAGAUCUUGUGGCUGUGUUGGUGUGGGAUAUGUGCGGAAGUAGACCAACUGUUACCAAAGGUUGUGGAUUACAUUCGGCGAGAAGGAAAUAUGAAUGGCUUACGGGAGAUUUUUAUGAUUAUAUUUCCGAUGAAGCUUAUAGACUCAGAUGACAAUCAAACUCACUUGCGUCGGGUCAUGCUUGAUGCAGGAGUAGGCACCUCGAAACAUCGGUUGUGGCUUGCCGCCCAGGCUGCAGAGCAAGCCAAGUGGUCAGGCGCGACUAGGGAUAUCGUUGCUCUGGAUAAUGAGGGUCCCAUCCCGAGUACAAGUACUCAUCCCCCCUCCACAUCAGUGGUUUAGCAAAUAUGGGUAUUGCUAAUAACGGGAAUGACGUAGCUAAUACGCACUGACUUGGUACUGUGACGAAUGUCCCUUCCGACGUUGUAAUGAUAGAUCAAUCUACGUGAUGUCACCUUUUGUACAAGAACGCAUGAAAGAGAAUCCGAGGGGCAAUUGCAAGUACGAUCACCGUCUGAUUCGUUUUGUAUCGGGUAACGUGCAAUCAUUAUGUAUGUAGCUCCUUGACUUCAAGUGCAAUGAGCUGUUAUGUCGA